AUGGCCUCCCCUUUGGGGACCGGUGCCCUAAGUGUGGGCGCAGCAGACCCGGAAUCGCGGCCGGCGCUUCAGCGCGAGGGCGCUGCGGUGUAUGCGGCUUUUGUCAUUUUCGGCUUGGGAAGCUGGUCGUCGAUCAACGCAGUUUUCGUGGAGUCGUCGUUCCUGGUUUCUCUGCAGCCGGAGAGCUGGGCUCUGACCACCUGGAUCGUGCUGGCGCUUCAAGCCGCGAACCUCGUGGUGCUGUUUGCUGUGCGGCCAUUGCUUCAAAAGCUGCGGCUCAGCUGGACGGCGGCCUCUGCCGCCUCGCUUCUCCUGGCCAUAGGCAGCUGCUUUGGCCUCUCUCUUGGCGGCUACCGAUAUGUGGCCGUGCUGUUCGGAGCCGAGCGAAGCGCGGGGCUCUUGGCCCUGACCUUCCUUGGAGGCCUCGCGAACUGUGGUAGCUCGUUGGUCUUCUAUCCGCUUGCAGCCACGUUUCCAAGGCGUUUCACCACCGCCUUGGCCGUCGGCGAAGGACUCAGCGGUUCGGUUGCUGGAGUGCUUGGAUUGGUGCAGAACCACUUUCAGAAGGCUGGCGCAUUGGCCUUCUCUCCCACCACCUACUUCGGCAUCGAGGCUGGAGUCAGCAUCGCGGCGGCUUCGGCGUUGUU